AUGAAAUAUAAAAAUAAUGAAAGAAAAUAUGAGAACACCAAUAACUUUAAAGAAGUAAAUGAUAUAAAUUUUACAUUAAAUUGUAAAAGUAAUAUAUAUUUUAAAAAUAAUGAAAUGAAAGAUAAACAAAAAAGAGUUAAAAAAAGGGAUUAUACUAAUAAGAAACAUAUAAAUAAUAUUAAAAAUAAUUUUAAUAUAAAUAUGCAUACAAAUAAAAACAAAAUGAAGAAUUUUAAAAAUAUAGAUGGAAGAAAAGAAGAAAGUAGAAGAUUAAAUUCUAAUUUUCUUCUUUUAAAAGAUAAAAGAGAAUUUAAUGAUCAUACAUGUAACAUUUUAAAAAGUUCCAUUUCAAAAGUAAAUGAUAAUAUAACUUUUUAUGAAAUAAAAAAAAAGGGAGGAAUUAGUAAUGAUAAAGUUAAAAAUUUUAUACAAGAUAUAGAAAUAAGUAAUUCAAAAUGGAAAAAUAAAUUCCAGAUGAUUGAAGUAUAUAGUUCUGAAAAUAAGUUUAUAAGUGCACAUGUGAAUGAAAUGAAGCAAAAUAUGAAUAAUAAUGUAGACAAUGAUAAUAACAGUAUUUCAAACUCCCAUAAUUUAAAUAAUAGUAAUAAUGAUUUAAAAAAUAAAAGUAUGAAUAUUGAAUUAAAUGAGAACAAUAAUUUUAAUAAUAAUAAUAAUAAUAGUAAUAAUAAUAAUAAUAAUAAUAAUAAUAGUAAUAGUAAUAGUAAUAGUAAUAAUAAUAAUAAUAUAUUCACAUACAGUGACAACCAAUGUAUGAAUAAUAAUUCUGUAAAUAAUAUUUUGGGUGAAGGAUAUUCCUUACCUUUAAAAAGUAUUGGAAAGAAUGAAAGAGAAGAAAAUAAAGAAUUUGAUAAUUUGAAUCAAGGAAUAACGAAUAUAUCAAACAGCUCAAAAACAGAUAAAUGCGAAAUAAAUCAUGAAAAAAAUGAAGCAUUACACACUGUUUCUGAUAAAUCAUUUUUCUUAGAAGAUAAUUUAGAAGAAGAAAAUAACUUAAGAAUUAAUAAUACACAUGAGGAUGUUACAAAUGAGAAUAUCGUUAGUGAAAAUAUAUUAACUGUUAAUAACGUGAAUAUGUUUAAUUCGAACGAGAAUAAUAUAAAUGAUAUAAUUUCAAAUGAGUCUAAUACAAGCAUUAAUAUAGAAAGAGAGUAUUUUACAAAUACAAAUAAUGAAAAUGUUUUAUUAAAUAAUACUAUUAGAAGUAGAAACUCUAAUGAAAAUUAUUCGAACGCUGAAGAAUUAGAUUAUUACGUUUUAACAAUUACAAAUUUAAGAAAUACUAAUGAAAAUGAAAAUAACGAAGAGCAUCCUCACUUUCCUGAACCACGUUUUUUAAGUAAAAUGUUUGGUUAUGAAAUCAAACCUAACUUGGAAGAAUGCAAUAUGAAUAGAAUAAUUAGAACAACUUUAUUUAUAUUUAUACUUUUUAUUCUUUUUAGCAUCGAAUUUUCUUUAUUAUAUAAUAAUAUUUUAAAAUUAAAAAUUGAUAGUAAAUUAAUAUUAGUAGAAUCUAAUUAUAAUAAUACGUUUUUAACUAAUUUUUUAUUUCAAUUUAAUGAAAAAGAGAUAAAUAAUUUAAUGAUUACAAAUGAUAUAAUUAAAGAAGAAAUAAAUAAUGGCAAUUUUAUGUUAUAUAAUAGCAUGUGUGUAUUACUAAAAAAAUUAAAAGUGACUUGUAAUAAUUUAAUGGAUUACUAUAAAACAGAUCAUGAAAAUACUGAAAAAUUAUACGAAAAUACGAUAAGAGCUUUUGAAGAAUUACAAAAAAAAGAUAUUAUAGUUUAUAGAGUAAAAGAAUCUGUUUUUAUUCGUUGUAACGAUAUAACCACAAAAAAUCUUAAAAAUAACGAUAAUAAUAUAUUUUUAUUUGUUCUUUCAAAAAAAUAUCUAAAAAUUAGUAAAUUAUUUUUGAUUAUAACUUUAUUUUUCUUUUUUAUUCGUAUUACAUUAAUUUUGUCAAGAAUUCUUUACGAAUUCAUUUUUCUUACUUGUUAUAGAAAUUAUAAAAUGUCACUGUCAUGUAAAAGGAAGUAUUUAGCUAAAUAUAUCUGGUCUGUUUGUACUAUAUUAAUUCUAGAAAUAGUAUUAGGUGAUGAUUGCAUUAUUUGGUGGUUGCAUGAUGUUGAUCCCCUUUUUAAUUAUCAUUUUCAAUAUUUUAUAUGGGUUAUUUCAGUAUUUUGUUAUUUAUCAUUUUUAUUUCAUAAAAUUCUUAGGAAAUACAGUGAAACACGUAAUAAUUAUUUUUCUUCUAUUUAUUUUUUCUUUAAAUUCUUUCAUGAAUUUUUAUUUGGGGCAAAUAUUUUAUUUGCGUGUGUUUUCAUUUUAUUAAAUAUACAUAAAUCUACAAUUAUUACUAUAAUUGUAACAAUUGUUGUUUUAUUAAUUGAUAUUUUAAAUGAUUCAUAUGUACAACAAGCUCAAGUCAUAAGCUCCCAACCUCAUGAAUCAAUUAGACCCCAUAAAAAGAAAUUUUAUAUGAUUGAAAAUAAACAAAAAAGUGUAAAUGUAACUACGUUAAUUCGUAUAAAUGAGCACAUAUAUCGUGAAAUUAAAUCCGAUAACACAUGUAAAAGUAACGAUAAAAAUAAAGAUAAUUCUAACUCUUAUAAAUUGGAUGAUAGAAAAUGGUGGAAUAGAAAAAGAAAGAUCUUUAACUUAAAAAAUAUCUUUAAUAACAAUUAUUUAAAUAAAAAGGAAGAUUUUAAAAAGUCUAUGAGUAAUAAUAUCAACACUUGCAACAGCAACAAAUUAAAUGAUACAAAUUCUUCUAUGUUAGAAUUUUGUGAAAUUUGCGAUGAACGAUGUAAAAAUGUUGUUUUAUAUCCAUGUAUGCAUGGAGGAUUUUGUGAAACAUGUAUAAGAUCAAUGAUAAUAAAUUCUCUUAAAUCAAAAGAUUCCUUACCUCACUGUCCUUUUUGUAGAGAUGCUAUUAAAAAUGUUUACAAAAUAUCAAAUGAAGAUGAUCAAAAUAAAGUUCAAGCUAAUACUAUAUUAACUAUUAAAACAAAAUAA